AUGGGUAAUUCCAGUUCUGUUCCACCCAUCAAACGCUACCUUAACGAUGACACCGGACAAGCUACGCUUAGUGUCGCCGCUAAAACGCAAAUGCCAUCACUAAAGAACACCUUAGUUAUUGAGGUUGUUGUACAGAUUCAUCACAUAGCCGACUUUGGUGGUGAUCCAUACACCAUUGAUUGGAUCGCAAUAUUUAAGAAUGUGUUGGGUGCUCGAAAGGGGCAUGUAAGAGGCAUCAGGCCUAAACCUUCUUCAGAACUGGGUACAAGUGCUCCAUCCCAAUGGCAGUUACAGUCACAAACACCGUAA